AUGUCGCAGCAGAAGCGACUGAACCGAGUCAGUCUCUCUCACAUUCUGAGCCAGCUCAAGAUGUGUGGGUGGUACUGGGGCGACCUAUCCAGCGACGAGGCCGAGGACGUCCUCAGGAACACGCAGGAGGGCUCCUUCAUCCUCAGAGACAGUUCAGACGCCUGCCACCUCUUCACUCUCUCCCUCAAGGCCCACAACCUGGUGGUUAGCGUCAGAGUGGCCUUCAGCAGAGGCCAGUUCAAGCUGGACUCCCUCCACCAGGAGGACUCGCCUGGUUUUGACAACAUGGUGGACCUAGUCGAUUAUUACCUCGCGGACAAGAAACGAAGAUUCUACGUCGCUGUACCAGACAUGGAAGAGUUUGCAGUAUCUCUCCUGCACCCAGUGUGGAAGGAGGUGCCCACGCUGCAGCACCUCUGUCGGAGGUGUAUUGUCCAGCGGUGCAGAACCUCAGAUGCACUUGACUCUCUCCCUCUUCCCCUCCACCUCAUUGGAUUCCUGAAGGAGUAUGCUCCUAUGGACACACAGGCACCUCUUCCCUUACCCUCCUCCUCCUCCUCCUCCUCCUCUUGCUCAGCUUCACUUUCUCCCCCCUCUCUCCCUCCACACCAUCCCCCAUCUCUCCCUCCACACCAUCCCCCCUCUCUCCCUCCACACCCUCCCUAUCACUCGUCACUAGCAUCCAAUCAUCGCAGACCGUAG